UCAUGUGGGCUGUGUCUUCAACACUUCCACUCGUGAUUUCGGUCUCAUUUAUGAGCUCUGUAACAUAUUUCGGUGUUUGCAUGUUCGUGUGUUCCUUUCUUUUGUAUUUAAUUCUCAGUUCAUUUUAUUGAAGCUGAAAACCGCGACAAAGAACGAUCGAUCUGAUCAAUUCUAACUGAUUUUUAUAUUUUAGUACAGCAGAUUCGUAAGUUACCGUUUUGUUUUGAUUUGUAUGAUACUAUUUUCAGCCCCGCACCUGCGCACGCAGUGACACAAGAGUUUGUGUCGCGUGGGGAAAGUUGCGCGUGAAUCAGAAUGUGAUGAACACGGAGGAUCAUUUAAUAAUAUCAAACUCGUCACAUCAUCAGAUCAAACAUAUCGUCACAAGCCCCGGUGCCGUCGAGCGGGUCGGAUGAUGCUCAGACCAAUUCACCUGAUGAUGAUGGACCACUAUUAACGGAGAAGAUGGACGCGUCUCUCCAGAGGAGUUUGAGCGUUUUGGAUCGUCUUCUCCUCACACACUCCAUAUGGUUGCAGCUGUCAAUCAACCCUGACUCCGCCCACCAAAUCCUGCAACGAGAGAUAGUCGGGACGUUCCUGGUGUGUAAGUGUAGCGCCUCCCACAGGAAGGUUUUGUGUGUGCUGCUGGAGGACGGAGGAGUGUCACAGUAUCCCAUCCGUGAGGAAGACUCCACAUUUUCUCUAGAAAGCUCUGCCCUGAGCUUCCCUGAUCUCUGCAGACUCGUGGCAUUUUACACCGUCAGCAGAGAUGUAUUGCCUUUCCCACUCGAGCUCCCAGAUGCAAUUAUACAGGCCACAACACACACCCAGCUGGAAAACAUUUCGCAUUUGGGUUUAGAGUUCUGGAGCUCUCAGAUGUCUCCUGGGCUUCCUAAUGGCCCCCCUCCAUCUUCGGCGCCCCACCGGACAUUCAGAUUGAUCAGCCCAUGUUUCAUCAACCCCAUGUUCCUUCAGCCUCCCCAGCCCAGUAGAACGGCCUCACACAAACGCCAUCGCUUUAAACGCAGCCUCAGGGUCCGUGUGUCCAAUGAAACCUCUCUCAGCCUGUCGGGGGGAGAAUCGGACCUAACCCAGGGGGACACACAUGGACAGAAUUCCAACCAGGGCGGCCCGAGACGAACAGGAGGGCUGAGCGUGCUCAGGAGGAUCCCGGCACUUACUCCCACUUCUCAAGAGGAGGAUGAACAGAUGUUGGGGCAGAUACCGCCUAGUAAUUCCUUACCCGGACAAGACCACACUGAGCUCAACAGAGACACUGAAGAUGGUGAAGUGUGUCUUGCUUUGGAAAGGGCUCGAGCUCCUUCCCUUGCUGAACUGGACAGCAGUAGUUCCUUCAGCAGUCUGGAGGAGGAGGAAGCCCAGGCGGACCUCGCCAAUUACCAAUGGCCUCCUGCAGCACGUGGUACCCGUUUCCCCUCAGCGAACCCAACCUCGACUCUGCGCCGCAUGACUGCUGCCUUUGUAUGCGUGUUUGCACCAGAGCGGCGAGUUGCCCGAUUGGUGGAUGAACUCUCCCGGGACAAGCGCUCCACAUUUGGGUCGCUGGUGCAGGACUUUAUAGAGAAGCAAAGGCAGGAGAUGGAGACCUCGAAGCAUACUUCUGCCGUGGAGCUGCUUCAGGGGGUGAGGAGAUUUCUGUCCCAAGCCAAAAUUCUCCUUCUGGAAGCAGGAGAAAUAGAGCCUCCAAUUGAGACGCUGGUGCCUGAGAACGAGAAAGAUCUUGCCUUGGAGAAGGCUCUGUUCGGCUGCGUGUUGAAGCCGUUGAAGAUUCAGCUGCAGCAGACGCUCAUUUCCCUCCACACUCAGGACGGCUCCCUACAGAAGAUCACCGACUGCUUGCUGGCCUACCAAGAGGGGGCGCUGGAGCGCCUGGCUGUAGGAGUGGGCGUCCUGGACGUCCGAGGGAUGGACAGAGCGAAGGCGAAGCUCACGCUGAUGCAGCGCAGCCAUUCGCCCAUUGACAAGGUGCUGCUUCUGCUGCAGGUGUGCAAGAGUGUGUACAAAGCCAUGGGGACGCAACCCGAUCAGGACGUGGGGUCUGAGGACUUCCUACCAGCACUGUCCUAUGUGCUGGUUCAGUGUAACAUCCCACAGCUGCUGCUGGAGACGGAGUACAUGAUGGAGCUGCUUGAGCCAUCAUGGCUGACCGGAGAAGGUGGAUACUAUUUGACGAGUGUGUAUGCCAGCCUAUGUCUGAUCCAGAGCAAUCCUGGGGCCACGCCCACCUGCAGUCUGACCAAUGAGGCACAAGAGUACCUGAGGGAGUGGAGCAGGAGGCGGGGCCAAGAAGCCAAGACCCAGAAAGACAGUCAGCUGAAACAGAGGUUUGUGCGAGUGCUCUUCCAGGACGACUGUCGUAGUGGAGUGCGAACGCUCCUCUGGAAGGCGGGAGAAAACGUCGAGGCUUUAUCCCAAACGUGCGCCGGUCUGUUCGGUGUGAGGGAGCCGCAGCACUACUGUCUGUUCUGGAGGAGUGAAGGGGAAAUGCGUCCUCUGCCGGCCCACGUUCAGCUCCAUCAGCUGGGCACGCACGAGGGAGCGUCGCUGUCCUACCUCCGCUCCGAUCACGACUUCAGCAAGAUGCGCAGACUGACCAGAGGAGGCGCUGUAGAUCUGGGCGAGUCGGUGUGCGAGGAGUGAAGAGGCGCAGGUGCACAGUGGGACUUUUACAUUUCUGUUUGUGGUCACGUCAGGUGGCAAGAGGAUUCACGGAUGUCACAAACUAUUUGAAUGCUGUACAUGUGUUCAGUUCUAUGGAUGAUGGUGAUUACUUUUUAUGUGUGUUGCGUGUAGUCAGAAAGCACGAUAGCAUUUCAAAUGAAUCGAAGCAAGAUACUUGGUAAUAAUGCAAAAAGCAAUAUCUGCCAAACAGGAGGUCUGGAAAUGCAGUUCAUCAUUCUGAGAUUCAGUGGUGACUUUCUGAGGUGUGUAUUGCAGAGUAAUACCAAAGUGUUGAAUAUAAACAAACAAAAAAGAUCAUAUAUGUACACAUCUGACAUGCUCUGAGUAAUGGCACUGUGUCUGCACUGGACGCAUGUAGCAUUGUUGCAUUAAAUCACUCCUAUGUAAAUCACUGGAGCGGUUUACACUGGAUGUGUCUGACGUGAUGCAUUACAAAGCUGCCGCAGCCACUGUAUUUCUUUCAUUCAUGUGAAAUACAAAAAUGUAUUUACAAAUACCAUGAGUGAGAAUGGAUAGAUAUUAAUGUUAUUUAAUUCUACAUUGGGGUCAAUAAGGCCACGUAAAAAAAAAAAAGUGAUAUAUUUAUGAUUUUAAUGUGAGAUUUUACCCUUUAAUUCAGAUUUUCUUUUGAAGCUCCAUUGUAGCACAACAUCUCAAAUUGUGUUUAUGAAAAUGCAUUAUCAUCGCUGAAAUGCUGAUUGAUAAAUUUUAAUCAAGAUAUUCAAUCAAAUGAGAAAAAUAGGCAAAUAUCAUCUAUUAAAUAUAUAGUACUACAUUUUUCUACCAAUUAUUUUUGUUCAAACAUAUAGUUGUAUACACUUUAUAGUUGUUUUAACUUUUCUGCUCACCAAGGCUGCAUUUAUAAUAUUAGAAAUAGAGUAAAAUUAUGAAAAAUUAUUAAAAUAAAAAAUAACUGUUUUCUGUUUGAAUAUAUUUUAAAGUAUAAUUUAUUCCUGUGAUGCAAAGCUGAAUUUUCAGCAGUUCAGUGUCACAUUAUCCUUCAGAAAUCAUUCUAAUAUGUUGAUUUGCUGCUCAAAAACAAACUAUACUUUUUCAUUUUUGGGAUUCUUUGAUGAAUGCAUCGUUCAAAAGCACAGCAUUUAUUAGAAAUAGACUUGUUUGUAACCGUAUAAAUGUCUUUACUGCCACUUUUGAUCAAUUUAAUGCAUCCUUGCUGAAUAUAAAUAUACAUUUCUCUUUAAAAAAAAGAAGAAAUCUCACUUGACCCCAAACUUUUGAACAGUAGUGUAGCUUUUAGUUGUAUAUACAGAAACUAUAUCUAUAUAGUUGAAGUUAUUCACACAUUUGCUCUUGCUGAACUCUUAACAUCAAGCUUACAGUAUAUAUAUAUUUGAUUAUGAGGUGAAGUGCAGCUUGGAUGCCUCCAGUGUGAACACAGUGUGAUUAUGGAGCGUGUAGGAUUGAGUAUGUUGUGAGUUUUGCAGUAACACUGCUGGUAUUACAGUGGUUUCGUGGUACUCUGGUUUUACUUGAACUGCGACGGCUAUUUUGUUAGCUGAUCAUUGUGGACGUGCUCACUGAAUCACCACUGGCCUGAUAUAUUGGUGUCUGUUUGAUUGAUUCCUUCAGAAAGCGUGUGAAGGAUGUAGUGAACGUGUGGCAUCAUGAUCAUUUGUGAAUCCUGGUGUAAAUAGACUCCAGAGAAUCCAGCUGCUUGUGUUCGGCACUAAUAAUAAUGUGUGUUGUGUUGCUCUGGGUUCAGCUGGUGGUGGGCAGAUAACCACACAGACACCCAGCUCACACCGGCAAACAAAUUGUGUUAAGUCAGGAUGAAUUUCUCUCUCAGACUGAUUCUCAAAGUGGCCAUCAGCUGUCAAACUUCUCACAGACAGGUUUAGUUUUAAGGGUCAUGUGCAUGAAACAGUGCCGUUUGUGCCAGAGAAAUACUAGAUAUUUACAAAAAUUGCAUUGUUUCUAAAGCAACAUUAAUACCCUUUUUAAAUUAUUUACUAUUAUCCCAUGAAUAAAACAUGUAGUUACUGCCCGACACAGCACCAAUAUUAUUUAAUGUUACUCUUACCGUGAAAAGCUACAUUAUUUGGACUGUACUUUUAAUUUGAAUAGACAAUUCUGGUAGAUUAUCACCGGUUUUGUGUGCCUUACAACAUUAAUAUAGAAAAUUAAAUAAAUAAAUAUAUUAAAAAAAUUAAAAAAAAAUAUAUAUAAAUAUUUUAGCAUUGAUAUGCAACUACUAAUAUUUUAUUUGGGGUUCAGAAAUCAGAUAUGUGUUAGUAUUAAUUAGUAAUAUUCAGACUUGAACAUCAGUGGGAAAAUUGUAUAUAUAUAUAUAUAUAUAUAUAUAUAUAUAUAUAUAGAUAGAUAGAUAGAUAGAUAGAUAGAUAUGAUUAUUCAUGAUUAAUCGCAUCCAAAGUAAAAAAAAAUAUUUUCAUAAUAUGUGUGUGUGUGUGUCCUGUGUUUAUUAUGUAUAUAUAAAGACACACACACAUACAGCAUAUUGAAGACAUUAACAUGUAUAUUGUUUUAUAUUGUUAAUUAUAUUAUAUAUAAAUAUAUUUAAUAUAUAAACGUAACAUUUUCUUUUAAUAUAUGCAUGUGUGUGUGUAUUUAUAUAAUAAAUAAUCACAGCACACACUUCUAUAUUAUGUAAGCAUCAAAAAUCUUUUAUUUUGUUGAUGCGGUUAAUCAUUUGACAACACUGAUAUAUAUAUAUAUAUUAGUAUUAAUUUAUGAAUAUAUAUUGGCACUAUAUAGUAUAUCUUACUAAUCUGCACACUACAUAU